AUGUCAACUUUCUAGGAAAGGUUCAAGGGCAAAACAACAGUCAUGGGUAGGAAUGGGCUAGAGUCUGUUCUCAAUUCCUGUUAAUAGCCAAUCAAGAAAGACUUCGAAUGUAUCAUAUGUCACUUAUCUCAGAUCAACAUAGAAGUCCUCAGAUUCAAUAACCUUUGCAAUAAUAAGUUAAUGUUCAACCUGUACUUACACAAAUUCAAUACAACCACCAACAACACCAUUAAACCUUAUAUUAACACAACCCAUAUAUACCAGAGUAAUAGAUCCAAGAUUCGCUAUAAUACCUGAGUCAAUAGUAAUAUUUUCAACCCACCCACGACUAUUAAGUAAGGCAAACAGCUACUGAACCUCAAAAGAAAAUGGAACAAAGAUCCCAAUCUGCAAAAUAAUAAUAACAACAAGUAGGGGAUUCGUAACGGUACAAACCAUACACCAUCAAAGAUUACGAGAUAAUGAAAAAGACUGCAAAUGCCAAAUUAGGAGGCUUGGGCCCUAAUAUUAGUGGGGAAGAAUGGGCAAAGGAAAAAGAAAAAGUACAAAAAAGGCAAGAAUUUGCAGAAUAAGUCAGGCAGUUUAAUUCAACCAAUAUAAUAACUAUCAAGAAAAAAGAGACUAAGCAACCUGAAAUUAAUUCAAGGUAUUAUUACAAACAUAUCGAGACAAAAGGCCAUGGAAUUUGCCAGAAAUAUACCAAAACCUGUGGCCAAAAAAAAGGAGGAUGCUCCUGUGAAGGUCAUGUCAAAUAAACCAGUAAGUAAUAUGAACUAGGAUCCGUUUGAUGAUGAAAUUGCUAGACUCGAGAAAGAACAUCUAAAGUAUUUAAACUAAUUAGAUAAGAUGAAAUGA